AUGGACGAGCUUCCCACUGAGCUUGUGGACAUCGUUGUCAACCAUUUGGUCGCAGGUCCCAAUGUUGACCUGACCGAUGCAUACCACCUUUCUCUCACCAACAAACGCCUACACGGCAUGAUCUACCCAGAUAUCUCCCUUCGUGUCCAUGCCAUCAUUACGAAGAUGUUCCACCCACCCUGGGACUUGCCACCGCACCUCUCAAAAAAGCUACUACAUCGUGAAACCUUCUCUCCGCUCUGGCAACUCUACGAUUAUUACGUCAGUAUCAUCCAAUUGCCGGAGGAUCUUCAACGUCUAGCCGUAAAGAUUACAAUAUCGAAAGAUCCUGUCGCUUUCCCAUUUCGUAAGCGAGCCACAUACCGGCUUUCUUCUCUCAAUCCGGAAGUGUACGAAGUGUGCCCGUUGUGGCAAAGACUACAUGCGGAGUCCCGGACGGAUGCGAUGAACGAUGUGAAAGCAAGGAUCGAGGGGCUGAAAUUUAGUAUUCUAGAGGGCAUGUGCUGGCGUCGGCAGCCAUUGAUGGCGCUGAGUUUGGAGCUAGCUGCAAUCUGGAAUGGUUUGGACUUGAGGUAUGAUAGGAGGACGAGGAAGCUGAUCAUCGAGCGCAAGAAGACGAAGUAG